AGAAAAGGAGGAGGAGGAGGAGGAGGAAGGGAAAAAAGGAGAACAGUGGAAUUGGAGGAGGUUACAAGAGGAGACAGUUCUGGGUGGAGGAAAUGGAGAGAUAUUCCCCCUCCAACAUUGACGUGGGGGAGAUGAGUGGAGAGAUGGAGGAAAGGAGGAGGAGAGUGGAGGAAAGCUGUGUGGAGGUGCUGGAGCCAGAAGAGAGAGAGGAGGUCAACAGUGGAGAGUUUCUUAUAAGUGACAAGUACAAGCUUAUUUGGUGCAACAUAUUCAAGGCCGCCAGCUCCACUUGGCUCUACAACUACCUGAUAAUGGGCGGGAAAGUGCCUGAAGAGCUUAAAAGACUGCGUAUCUCACCCGUGGAGGCCGCAAGAGAGCUAUACCCGCGGCCCGGUCGUGCUAAAUUGAUGGGACACUUAGCGGGCGGGAACAAGGAGAGGUAUCUAAGCUUUAUCAUUGUAAGAGAGCCUUUCCAGCGCCUCCUUUCAGCUUACCGGGACAAGAUCGAGACCAUUGUGCCGUAUUACAAACAACUACGCUGCCAGAUCACCAAGAAAUACCCAAUAGACACGGAGAAACUCAAGGCAGGCUGGUGGGAGGAGUGCAAACCUAAUUUCUCGCAGUUUGUAUCCUUUUUAAUUGACGAGGAGCGAGAGGGCCGGGCGCCAAACGAACACUGGGCGCCUUAUUACAAGUUCUGCUCUCCUUGUGUUGCCUCCUUUGAUGUUGUGUUGCGGUUUGAGAGUCUACAUAACGACGAGAUGUACUUAUUAGAGAAGGUCCCAGGGCUCUCCAAGGUGGUGUCUCCCAAGGUAAUACACAGCUCCCAUUUUAACUACAGCGCCUUGACCUCCUCCUACUUCAAGCAGCUCACCACAAGGCAACUUCUGGGCCUCUUAAAGAUUUACCUCCCUGAUUUCAGACUGUUUGGCUACACUGAAAGGCCUUACCUGGACUAUGUGGGGUAGUGGUGGUGGUGGUGGUGGUGGUGUAGUGGUGGUAAAUGUACAAAUGACCGUCUUCUCAUGAGUCAACUAAGUGUAGUGGUGAUGAUAAUAAUAAUGAUGAUGAUGAUGA